AUGACGAGUAGGUUCGAAGAGUUGAAGGAAUUAAUCGAAGGAUCCAAGAGUAGAGGUAAGGAACGAAGGUGCACUUACAAGGAUUUUAUGGCUUGUCAUCCGACGACAUAUGACGGUAAAAUAGAUCCUAUUGAAUGUCAAAGAUGGAUCUCGAACAUAGAGGCGGUCUUUAUACGAAGCCGGUGUGAUAAGGAGGAUCAAGUGAUGUUCGCUACCGGUUUACUAACCCAUCAAGCGAAGGAUUGGUGGGAUGCUCACAGCAAGGAGGUAGGCGAAGACAGACUGCAAGUUAUGACUUGGCAGGAGUUUAAGGGGGCCUUCAUGAGAUAUCAUUGUCCUCAGUCGGCUAUCGACAAGAUUCAGGAGGAUUUCUUACGCCUCCGGCAGAAAAAUGAAUCAGUAAAUGAAAUAGCAAACAAUUUUAUGGAUAAGAUGAAGUUCUGUGGGGAAUUGGUAACAACCGAGAGAAUGAAGAUAAGUCGUUUUUAUGGUGUGUUAAAGGCAGAAGUUAGAGAGUUCAUCACUCCCUCAAAAUGUGAAACUCUUGAAGAGCUCAUUGAUUUAGCGCGGGAUAGAGAGAUUGAAAUUAAAAGGCAAGAGGAGCGAGGUGAAAAGAGGCCGAGUGAAAAAGGUGCAAGUUUUAGUCCAUCCAAGAAGGGGAAGUUUCAGGAUCAAGGAAGAAAGGGUAAGUCGAAAGGUGGGAUUACACCAUGCAAGACAUGUGGAAAGCUCCAUACCGGAGAGUGUUUGCUAGGUAAGAAGGGGUGCUUUAAAUGCGGUAAGGAGGGGCAUUCGUCCUAUCAAUGCCCGGAUAACCCAAAGACUUGUUUCAAUUGUUUCGAAAAAGGGCAUAUCAAGUCAGAAUGUCCAAAGCUUCAACAAGGGUCAAAGAAAGAAGAUAAGAAGCAAGAGGGUUCUAGGGCAAAGGGGAGAAUGUUUCAGAUCACGUCUGAAGAAGCCAAGUCCUAA